AAGUUAUAAACCCUAAACCUCCGAUUUUGGCGCGAUUUUUUUAUUAAUUAACACUAUUGGUAUAAUUAAAUAAAAAUUAAAGGGAAACUGAAUCAGUGUUGCGCCGCCUCCUCUUCUCAUCACAAAUGGAAAGAGGAGAAAGCUCCGGUUCAAUUUCCUCCGGCGACGAUGUCUGGGCUAAACUAGUGUCUGUGGACUCGAGCUAUUCGGAUAUUGAGUUGAGGUCAACUGAGUUGACAAUCUGCUCAGAGAUGAAGAGUUCUUCGAGUGAAAAGCGAGAAUGGUGCAAGAUAACUCGAGAAAUCGAUCGAAAUUCUGCUUUAAUGCAAAACACGAGUGGUAAUUCGAUCAUUGUCGAUGGCAUAGCUGUUAAAGAAGGCGAUACGACCGUUGUUAUAUGUGGAAGCGAAAUAAUUCUUGGUCCUGAGUCCGAUGGGUUUAGAAGGUAUAUGUUUAAAGUAAUGCCUACGAAAGAAAUUUGCAAGGUAAUUUUAGAUCCCGAAAUCGCAAAAUGCUCUAUCUGCUUAAGUGUUUGGCACGACGUGGUCACUGUUUCGCCCUGCCUUCACAAUUUCUGCAACGGAUGUUUCUCGAUGUGGUUGAAGAAAUGCCGAGAGAAACGGUCUAUCGUUUUAUGCCCUCAGUGUAGAGGAAUCGUCCAAUUUGUUUCAAGAAACCCUUUUUUGCACAGCAUCGAAGAGGAUAUACUGAAAUCCGAUUCCUCUCUAAGGCGUACAGACGAAGAAAUUGCACACUUAGAUUCACAUGCAUCAAUUAAGUUGCCUGAUUCUUCUUCGUGCAGCGGUGGGGCCGGCACCUCGUCGUUAUAUCAGGGUCCCGCUCCACCGCCGGUAUUCGAGUCGUUGAGUGAGGAGAUGUGUUACCUUAGGCAUACUUUAGAUCAACAGCGACAAUAUAUCGGGAACAUGGUUCUGCUCGUGAGGAGAGUGGCCUCGCAUGCAAAUGUUGACAUCAGCGAUAUUCCGCCUUUUCAACCUCAGCCUUUUCCCGGCUUUCAAGACGAUGACGAGGAUGAUGACGAGGAUGGUGACAAUGACGAUGAUGAGGAUGAUGACGAGGAUGAUGACUUGGAUGAUGAUGAGGAUGAUGACGAGGAUGGUGACUUGGAUCAGGAUACAGAUGAGGAUGAAGUUGAUGAUGACUUGGAUCGGGAUACAGACGUGGAUGAAGUUUGGUGAUAAGGCCAUUUACGCACGAGCGGUGGUUCCAUCCUUUUUCUCUUCUUUUUUUUUUUUUUUUUUUUUUUUUUUGUGUUUCUUUUGUUAAUUUAAUGGUGAGAUGAUUGGGAAAUGAAAUGGAUUAUUUGGAACGAUGGUGUAUAUUAUUUUUCUAAUCAAAUCUGCAGCGAAUACUUGAAUAACAGUUAAUUGUAACAUAUUAUUGCAGUACUUUUAUUUAAUAUAUUUUAAUUCUUAACAA